GUCAUCACUAGAUUACUAAACAAAGAUAUAUGAUGGGUUCUAAGCUUUUGCUCUUUGCUUUUGUUGGCUUCAUAAUUUGCACCACUAACAUAGCUGGUGGUAGAAAUCUUUCUGAGGAGGAAAAGAAGACGACUAGUGAGCAUGGUAGGGGUAUAAAUGGCGGAGUAGGAUUUGGAGGUGGUGGUGGAGGUGGUUAUGGUGGUGGUGGUGGUGGUGGUGGAGUAGGAGGAGGUGUUGGAAAAGGUGGUGGUGGUGGAAUAGGAGGUGGUUCCGGGGGCGGCGGUGGUGGUGGUGGUGGGAUUGGAGGAGGAAUUGGUAAAGGUGGUGGAGUAGGAGGUGGUUCAGGCGGUGGUGGUGGAGUUGGAGGAGGAAUUGGUAAAGGUGGUGGUGGUGGAAUAGGAGGUGGUUCUGGUGGUGAUGGUGGUGGUGGAGUUGGAGGAGGAAUUGGUAAAGGUAGUGGUGAUGGUGUAGGUGGAGGAAGUGGUGGUGGAAUAGGAGGUGGCUCUGGUGGCGGUGGUGGUGGUGGGGUUGGAGGAGGAACUGGUAAAGGUGAUGGUGGUGGUGGAGUAGGAGGUGGUUCAGGCGGUGGUGGUGGAGUUGGAGGAGGAAUUGGUAAAGGUAGUGGUGGUGGAAUAGGAGGUGGUUCUGGUGGUGGUGGUGGUGGUGGAGUUGGUGGAGGAAUUGGUAAAGGUGGUGGUGGUGGAAUAGGAGGAGGAAGUGGUGGUGGAAUAGGAGGUGGUUCGGGGGGUGGGAUAGGAGGUGGUUCUGGUGGUGGUAGUGGAGUUGGAGGAGGAAUUGGUAAAGGUGGUGGUGUAGGCGGAGGAAGUGGUGGUGGAAUAGGAGGUGGUGUAGGAGGAGGAAUUGGCAAAGGUGGUGGUGGUGGAAUAGGAGGUGGAGAAGGUGGUGGUGUGGGAGGUGGAGAAGGUGGCGACAUUGGUACAGGUAGUGGUGGAUCUGGAGGUGGCAUUGGUAAGGGCGGCGGAGGUGGUAUCUGA